GAUUUUACAAGGGUGUAAUUAGUAAUGUUAAAGUUAUAAAUACACAAGAAGUAUUUGGGGCACCUAGGGUUUCAUCUUCUUCCACAAACAACAGGAGCAGCAGCCGCCAAUAUGGUUCUCAAGACUGAGCUCUGCCGUUUCAGUGGCCAGAAAAUUUACCCUGGAAGGGGUAUUAGGUUUAUUCGGUCUGACUCGCAGGUCUUCCUGUUUGCAAAUUCUAAAUGCAAGAGGUACUUCCAUAACAAGCUGAAGCCCUCGAAGCUCACAUGGACCGCCAUGUACCGAAAGCAGCACAAGAAGGACCUUGCUCAAGAGGCUGUGAAGAAAAGACGUCGUGCUACCAAGAAGCCUUACUCCAGGGCUAUUGUGGGAGCAACUUUGGAAGUCAUUCAGAAGAAGAGAAGUGAGAAACCUGAAGUCCGUGAUGCCGCUAGGGAGGCCGCCCUUCGUGAAAUCAAGGAAAGGAUCAAGAAAACGAAGGACGAGAAGAAAGCGAAGAAAGCAGAAGUGGCGUCAAAACAGAAGGUUCAAGCCAAGGGUGGCAAUGUGCCCAAAGGUAAGGGACCUAAGCUUGGUGGUGGCGGUGGGAAGCGUUGAAAUUCUGUUACUGUUUUCUAGAUGUUACAUGGUGGUUUUGGAUCUGUUGAUUUUGUUGAGGCAAACCUUUGUUUUAGCUGUUUUUUUAUCACUCACAGUAUUUGUUUUGUGAAAUUGAAGUCAAUUAGUUUUAUAAUGUUUUUGUGGUUUG